AUGGCUGCUUCUCGAUCUACUCCUAUCACAAGAUCAACAGUGGGAUUAAACGGCUCGGAUGAGACAUUUUUUUGUGGUAGAACUUUAAGGAAUCAUAGUAUUGCUCCCUCUGAAGAAGGAUCUCCCCAUUGUCAAGUGCCUGCAAGAUCGCCAAAGAAGAGACCCGAGCUCCAGCAGACUCUGAAGGGUAACAGUGGUGGGAGAAACACUGACCGCGGCUGCCAGGCGCUAGAGAACUCUUUCAGCCCGAGGAAAAGAGGGCUCUAAUCCUCUGAAAGGGACAAUGCCCAGCGGCUCGCCUUGGAUGGCUGUGAGAGAAGGCAGGCCAGCCCAGCGGCUUCCCCCAUCCUAAAGCGGCUCAAGCGCUGUCUCCGCUUUGAGGCCCCGAGAAGCUCCGAGGAAGAGUCCCCUCUACCCCACCCCAAACCUGACAAGGAGGGGUCUCCAGAGCGGUCUCACUCCGUGGUGGACAGUGGUGCCGAUGCCCAGGGGGCUAAGCGAGCUUGCCGAUGCCUUUUACUGGAUGAUUGUGAGAAAAGGGAAAUUAAAAAGGCAAACUUCAGUGGGGAAGGGUGCCCGGAUGCCGCCAUUGCCCCAGAGGCGGCCGGCUAUGAGGCUUUAAACUUGGUGGACAACAGUGACUCUACUCUUCUCCACUGCGAUGACUCCCCGCUUCCCCUCCCAGAAAGCCAGCCGUCUUUAAGUGACUCUGAGGAAGAGGUCGACAUGGUAGGAGAGUGCGUUUCCACGGAGCAGCUGGCGCAUGAGAACCCAGCCAGGGCUCCUGUCUCAGGAGAGCCCUGCACCCACUCCUUCCCUGAAUGUGUUUCCACUGCCCUGAGCUCUCUGUCCGAACCCCAAGGACACCGCUAUACCCUGAGAACGUCCCCUCGGAAGGCUGCAGCAAGCAAAGGCUGUCUCACCCAAAAUAACUCUCCUUGCAGAGAAAAUGGACAAAUGGAUGAGGACCAGCACAGCCCCACAGAAAGGAGUGUCCUCCUUAGUGUUCAUGCCAACGGCUCUCCCACAGACUCUGAGGAGGCCGUCCUGACUGGCAAGGGGAUGAGCCAGGACCCGGGAUCGCCCCCCUCGGAGGCCAGGCUUCCUCCCGGCUAUGGGGCACCUGCCAAAGAGAGCGCAGCCCUGAGAGUGCCAGAGGACAACGAGGAGGAGCCUGACGUGUAUUACUUUGAGUCAGACCAUGUGGCAUUGAAACACAACAAAGAUUAUCAGAGACUGUUACAGACCAUCGCCAUGCUCGAGGUCCAGCGCACUCAAGUCGUCCAAGACCUUGAAAGUUUAGGCAGACACCAGAGAGAAGCCCUGAAAAAUCCCAUUGGAUUUGUGGGAAAACUCCAGAAGAAGACUGAUAUAGGGCUUCCAUUUCCACAGAGAGUUGUCCAAUUGCCAGAGAUUGCAUGGGACCAAUAUACUAACAGCCUCGGAAACUUCGAGAGGAAGUUUAAGAACCGCAAGCGCCAUACAAGGAGGGUGAAGUCGGUUUUUGAUAAAGUAGGUUUACCGGCCAGACCAAACAGUCCCUUGGGUCCAAAAAGGGAUGGGGAGACCUUUUCCUAUGCUGUGUUGCCUUUAAGUGACAGUCCAGAAGGUUCAAACAGCCAUCGGCAGAUGAUAAGGGGACGCCUCUGCGACAAGACCAAACCGGAGACGUUUAAUCAGCUCUGGACUGUGGAGGAACAGAAAAAGCUAGAGCAGCUCCUCCUGAAGUACCCUACCGAGCAGGUGGAAUCUCGGCGCUGGCAAAAGAUAGCCGAUGAGCUGGGCAACCGGACGGCCAAGCAGGUGGCCAGCCGUGUGCAGAAGUACUUCAUCAAGCUGACUAAAGCCGGCAUCCCGGUCCCAGGCAGGACGCCCAACCUGUACAUGAACUCCAAAAAGUCUUCGACAAGCCUGCGACAGCACCCCCUUAAUAAGCAUCUCUUCAAGCCUUCCACUUUCAUGACUUCCCACGAACCUCCAGUGUACAUGGAGGAGGGCGACAACGGGGCCAGUUUCCACAGACACACAGACCCUGCAGCAGAGGAAGCCUCUGAGGAAGAAAGCAUCCCUAUCUCCCACCCUGAGUUCCCCGAGUACAAGGAGCUGCUGGAGCUCAAGAAGCUCAAGAAGCAGAAGCUCCAGCAGCAGGCUGAGAGCGGCUUUGUAGAGCACUCAGGCUUCAAGUGUGAUAACUGCGGCAUGGAGCCCAUUCAGGGCAUUCGGUGGCACUGCCAGGAUUGCCCCCAAGACGUGUCCCUGGACUUCUGUGACUCUUGUUCCGACUGCCUCCACGAGACCGACCUCCACAAGGAGGACCACCGGCUGGAGCCAGUCUACCGAGCAGGGACUUUCUUAGACAGAGAUUACUGCCUGUCACAGGGUGCCAGCUAUAGCUACCUGGACCCCAACUACUUCCCGGCCAACAGAUGACAUGGGGGACCCCCUGGGCCAUGCGCCCCUUCCAUACCCAGAUACAGACACUCCUGCCAUGACCUCCCCCAAGGGGUCCUCGCAACAGGUGGUCAUCCCGGGUGGGGCCCCCUAGAGGGGAACCCCUAGAACAGGCCUCUAGAAGAAAGGAGCCGGAGCUCUGGGGGGCCUCCCACCUCGGCCUCAAUGAAGCACUGCCCGAGGCCCCGCAGAGGAGGCAAUGUUGUCUCCUCCUGAACCUGCUCUGGGUGUGUGUGAUCCAAUCGUCCCUAAGAUCUAUUUUUGAUGUCCUGUUCUCUGAGCUGAUCAUGUGAUGUGUACAAACCAUGGUGAAAAGUGCCAGUGCUAGUGCUGGUGUCUGUGUCGACUCCUCCCAACCCGGCCUAGCUGCCCCUUUUGUAGUCGCCCCAGAGCCAUGACAGAGUGUAUUCAUAUUACUAUUUAAACAGGUGAUUAAACUUGUCUGGCCGAAGUGCCCCAGGGUCAGGGGCUUCCUUUUCUAUUGCUGGACUGGGUCGUUCC